AUGAAGGAGACGGUGAUCCUACCUGUCCAGAAGAGACACCUGUUCCAGGGAUCCAGACUGCUGCAGCCCCCCAAAGGCGUGCUGCUGUACGGGCCCCCGGGCUGCGGUAAGACGUUGAUCGCCAAGGCGACAGCGAAGGAGGCGGGGUUUCGCUUCAUCAACCUGCAGCCGAGCACGCUGACGGACAAGUGGUACGGCGAGUCACAGAAGUUGGCCGCCGCCGUGUUCUCAUUGGCUGUCAAACUGCAGCCGUCAAUCAUCUUCGUCGACGAGAUAGACUCGUUCCUGAGGAGCAGAUCCAGCUCGGACCACGAAGCCACGGCCAUGAUGAAGGCUCAGUUCAUGAGUCUGUGGGACGGACUGGAUACUGACUACCACUGUCAGGUAGAGACGGAGACACAAAGAGACAAAGAGACAGAGAGAUAGAGAGAGACACAAAGA